AUGAUAUCUAUAGACCCCGUUGUGUUCCUACUCAUUUCCGCAGCCCUGCUCUGUACCGGGAGCCUCUUCGCUUGCAUCGCGGGCGCGUGGCGAGCCCAGUCGAUGGAUGAGCGGUACGAGAUUGGCGCUAUGGUGGGAAAAUGCAUCGCAGUGCUCAGCUUGGUGAUUAUGGUGCUAGUCUACGUGCAGCACGGAGUCAGCCUACAUCUCGCAUUCUUCAUAUUUUUCAUGGCACCCACGAUAGGAACCCAUCUCGGGAAACGUGCCGCGCGGGAUUUACAACAAACACCCCAGGCGCCUGCACGGCAGCUCAACGAAGAUAUAUCUAAUGGAAUUACAUCUACGGGGAACGUAUCUACUCGGGAUGGAUCGACCCGGGACACACUCCCCGUCCAAAAAGCACAAUUUCGGAAUGCGACUUCGGGCAGCACACGCGCGCAAAAUGGGCAAACGGAAUCCAAUGCCACCGCACUGCGGCGCCCGGGCAAGAACAAGAAGCGUGUCACUUUUGCGGACGCCGUGACGGACCUAGAUCAGCUCCAGCCGUUCCGAAGAAAUAGACCUUGUUAUUAG